AUGAAAUCCUCUACUUUCUCUGAGACAAAAUCCAAUUCUCACCCACUGAAAUUUAAACCAGCUGCCGCUUUCUCAAAAGAAACCAAUUUUAUUUGGUCCAAUUUAGCCUUUAUGGAGGACGAUUACAGUGACAAAGGUUCAAUUAUUGGUAGCAACAUCAUCUUGGGCUCUCCAACAGAAAAUAAAAGGAGAGAAUAUUUCAACACGAAUGUUGAGGAAGAAGAGAUUAGAAUAAGAGAGGAGCUAGCCAGGGAGAUUGAGAAAGAACUCGAACGAGAACUUAUGGAAGGUAGACUUGUUUUGGUUCGCCGGCUAAGUGUUCUCAAAGCAAAACAAAUAGAUAGGGGAUUGAAAGACUUGAAUUUGGAUAAACUCUCAAGUGAAAUUUGCCCUUCCCAUUGUUGCAAUGUCGAUGGAGAUCGUGUCAGUCAAUGGCUUUCGAUGCAUCCGUCAGCAGCAAGUGAAAUCUCGCAAGCUGCCGAUGACUAUCCCAAAAAAUGA